AGUGCUGUGCCCGGCUCUCGGUGACUGACGUGGAGGAGCAGCAGCAACAGAUCGGAAGUGAAUGGGGGGCGGGGCGCAUGCGCAGUGCGGUGCUGGCUGUGUCUGUGUCCCCGGGUCCCUCCCGUGUGUCCCGGUCCCCGGGUCCCUCCCUCCCGGUGCCGGCUCUCCCCCCAGCCAAGCGGAUGUGCUUCAGGAAGAGACCGGGCUCCGCUGCUGCCCAAAUCUACACAGGGCCUGACCCCAGUGAGUCUCCCAUGUCACGGUAUGACAGGACCCAGCCAACCCGGAACCACCGGACCAACCCUUGCUGCCUCUGCUGGUGUUGCUGCUGCAGCUGUUCCUGGAAUGAAGACCGCAAUAGACUUCGGAGGCUGUCUAGAGACACAAAGUUGGAGACCGUCUCUCACUGUGAGGUCUGCACAAUGCCGUCCUCAGAAGAGGUGCACAGCUGGAGCCACUCCUUCGAGAAGCUGAUGAAGAAUCCCGCCGGGCGCAACGUGUUCCGCGAGUUUUUGCGCACCGAGUACAGCGAGGAGAACAUGCUCUUCUGGCUGGCCUGCGAGGAGCUGAAGAAGGACAACAGCAAACACAGCAUGGAAGAGAAGGCACGCAUGAUCUACGAGGAUUACAUCUCUAUCUUGUCUCCGAAGGAGGUAAACCUGGCU